AUGUAUUAGUGGCCGAUGGCGCGCACAGAAGUGGAUGCCGGUGAAUAUUAGUAAAGUAAGAUGUCGUGCGCUGGGAUGGGACGUGCCUUUUACAUCGCAUGUUUUUCUCUCCUCUUGGGAGUUGUAAGUGCAAAUAAUCAACGAGUGGCAAAAGAAUCUUUGGUAGAACAGCUCGAUGAAGAAAAUUGGGAUCGUAUGCUUCAUGGAGAAUGGAUGGUGGAAUUUUAUGCUCCAUGGUGUCCAGCUUGUAGAUCUCUUGAGCCUAUAUGGGAACAUCUAGCUUCUUGGAAAGAAAAUCUAAAUAUAAAUGUUGGCAAAGUAGAUGUAACUAAUUCUCCAGGACUUAGUGGCCGCUUCAUGGUUACAGCUUUGCCUACUAUUUAUCAUGUAAUAGAUGGUGUCUUCAGACAAUACAAGAGUCCAAGAGAUGAAGAUGCACUUAUUGAAUUUGUAUCAGAAAAAACUUGGAAGAAGAUUGAUCCUAUACCCAGUUGGAAAAGUCCAACUUCUAUUCAUAUGUCUGUUCUUAGUCAAUUCUUUAGAUUAUCACAAGUAUUAAGGGGUAUUCAUAAUAAUCUUACAGAAGAUUUUGGAUUGCCAACAUGGGGAAGUUAUUUGAUCUUUGCUAUUGCAACUAUUAUUCUAGGUGCUAUAUUGGGCAUAAUCAUUAUAUGUCUUAUUGACUUGAUUUAUCCACCUAAAUCUAUACAACUUCAAGGAAAGAAGAAACAGCAGGAUGGAAGCGGUACAGUUGUGCAAGAAAAAAGUUCUGGAGAUGAUGAAAUCGUUGAAAAUGUAAAAGAUGAUUUAGUAGAUGAAGAAGGUUCAGAAUCGGAGGAAAUAACUGAAACAAGCAGUAAAGAAAAGGAUUCCAAAGCAGAUACCAGCAGUCCGAAUGUUCGUAAGCGUAAGCCACGUAAAGCUGACUAGAGAUAUUAAUUUGUUAAAUGUAAAUAAUUCAUGGUCUCAGAAAAUUGCGCAGAUGACAUUUAUGCAUUUGUUGUUGUAAUCCACAUUUACGAAUCGAAGUGCUAUUUCAUCCAAUGUAAAGUGGCUAUCUUGCACUUUACAUUACACUCGUUAACAAAUUUAACAAGUAUUCAAGUAAAUAUGGCAACUUUCUAAGAAAUAAAUUAACGAUUACUAUA